AGUCGGUUCAAUUUUUUUUUUGGCACGUUGUGUAUUUUCCUCGUUGCCUUAGAAAACUGAGUAAACAAGAUAUAUUAUUUCACCUUCUUUAUUUAAGUAUUAAAAGUUAACCAAUAAAAGAAAAAUAAUGUGUGAUAAAACAGAUUUGAUUUUGUGCUAUAAUCGUGGAUGUGCUGUGAAGUUUAAUCAAGACAAUAAUCUUGAAGAUUCUUGCGUAUAUCAUCCAGGUGCCCCUUUUUUUCAUGACGCCUACAAAGGAUGGUCGUGCUGUAAAAAGAAAUGUACCGAUUUUACUGAAUUUCUUAACAUUAAGGGUUGUACAAAAGGUUACCAUAAUGGUAAAAAGCCAAAAGAGCCUGAGAAGUUUGUUCCAGAUAAGGAUAUUAAAGAUGAUAUUAUUGAAUAUCAUGCUCCAAAACCAGUUUCAUUACCAAGACCAUCAGCUAAUUUGCCGUUGGAAAAUAUUAAACCUACCGUAUCUUCUACUCUCGUAGAACAAAUGGCUUCUACUACAAUUAGUAAUACCAAUGGAAAUGAGAAAAACAGCUUAACUGACAUUGCAAUUGGUACUAUGUGUAAAAACAAUGGAUGUAAACAGGCCUAUGAAGGUUCUGGGAAAGGUAACCUUUCAUGUAACCACCAUCCCGGUGUACCUAUAUUUCACGAAGGUAUGAAAUAUUGGUCGUGUUGUAAUAAAAAGACAUCAGACUUCAAUGCAUUUUUAGAACAAGUUGGAUGUUCUCAAGGAGAACAUUGUUGGAUUAAGGAAACGAAAACUCAAGGUCAUACUAACUGUCGCUUAGACUGGCAUCAGACUGGACCCUGGGUUGUAGUGUCAAUUUUUGCCAAGAAAUAUGAUCCAAACAUUUCUUUUGUGAAAUUGUCGCCUGUGAAACUGUCCGUGGAAUUAUACUUUCCUUCUGAUAAUUCAGUGUUUUCUAAAACCAUGGAACUAUAUGGGAUUAUUGAUGUUAAAACAAGUUGUGUGUUUAUGUUGCCUACAAAAGUUGAAAUAAAACUUAAAAAAGCAGAACCAGUAUCAUGGGGAACAUUAGAAUAUCGGAAACAUAAAUCUUUAAAUGAUACAAACCAUUCUAUAAAUGUAGAAACAAAUGUCAAAAAUGAAAAUGGAAAUAAAAAUAACUCGGUUGAAAGUGUUGACCUCGGGGAUCUUUAAUUGA